UCUGAGUGUGUGUGGAGCGGUGACUGACGCGUUGCUGGUGCGGGUGGAUGUAGUUUGUCCAAAGGGGCUUACCGUACAGCGGGGACGGGAAAUAGUGGCGAGAGAUCGGAGGGAUCUGUUACACGGAGUAGCCGGUGGAUUUUAUUUUUCUCUAUGCUCUUACGGAUAUAACAAAACGGAGGUGUGUGCCGACUGACACCCGGACAAUGGGGCGAUGAUGCAGUGACAGGCAAGACUUAAAGCACUUGGAUGAGAAGACAUAACAGCGGUGUUUCAUAUUGUGUUUAAUUUUUAUUAUUUUUUUCUGCCUUUUUUUCCCCCUUUUUUAUUAUUGCUAUGAAAAAAAUUGUUUAUUGCAAGGUGGUUUUGGCCACCUCCUUGGUUUGGGUUUUUCUGGAUAUGUUUCUGCUGCUUUACUUCAGCGAAUGCAAUAAAUGUGAUGAUAUAAAAGAACGGGGGUUACCUGCUGGAGAUGGCGCUGAACCAAUUCCGAAACCACGCGAAGGCCCAGGAGAAAUGGGGAAGCCGGUUGUCAUUCCUAAAGACGACCAUGAGAAGAUGAAGGAGAUGUUCAAAAUCAAUCAGUUCAAUCUAAUGGCUAGUGAGAUGAUUGCACUCAACAGAUCUUUACCUGAUGUCCGGUUAGAAGGGUGCAAAACAAAAGUGUAUCCAGAUGGUUUACCAACAACCAGUGUAGUAAUAGUGUUUCACAACGAGGCCUGGACAACACUACUAAGAACAGUACAUAGUGUGAUAAAUCGUUCACCGCUUCAUUUACUACAGGAGAUCAUUCUUGUAGAUGACGCCAGCGAAAGAGAAUUUUUGAAGAGGCCAUUGGAGAGUUAUGUAAAGAAGCUGAAAAUUCCUGUGUAUGUGAUUCGGAUGGAGCAACGCUCGGGACUGAUUAGGGCUCGAUUAAAAGGCGCUGCAGCUUCCAAAGGACAAGUCAUCACCUUUCUAGAUGCCCAUUGUGAGUGUACUGUGGGAUGGCUGGAGCCCCUUUUGGCAAGAAUAAAAAAUGACAGGAGAACCGUGGUGUGUCCGAUCAUUGAUGUCAUUAGUGACGAUACCUUUGAAUACAUGGCAGGCUCUGAUAUGACCUAUGGUGGGUUUAAUUGGAAACUUAACUUCCGAUGGUAUCCAGUGCCCCAGCGUGAAAUGGACCGAAGGAGGGGUGAUAGAACUCUCCCUGUAAGGACUCCUACUAUGGCAGGGGGACUUUUCUCUAUUGACAGAGAUUAUUUUCAAGAAAUAGGCACAUAUGAUGCUGGGAUGGAUAUAUGGGGAGGCGAAAAUUUAGAAAUAUCCUUUCGGAUAUGGCAGUGUGGGGGCACUCUAGAAAUUGUGACUUGCUCUCAUGUUGGACACGUGUUCAGAAAAGCAACACCCUACACUUUCCCAGGAGGCACAGGGCAAAUCAUAAACAAGAAUAACAGGAGGCUUGCAGAAGUCUGGAUGGAUGAUUUCAAAAGCUUCUUUUAUAUCAUUUCACCUGGGGUCACUAAAGUAGACUAUGGAGACAUAUCCAUGAGGACAAACCUGAGAUACAAACUUCAAUGCAAACCCUUUUCUUGGUACUUGGAAAAUGUAUAUCCAGAUUCCCAGAUACCUCGCCACUAUUUCUCUUUGGGAGAGAUUAGAAAUGUUGAGACAAAUCAGUGUUUGGACAAUAUGGCAAGGAAAGAAAAUGAAAAAGUUGGUAUUUUCAACUGUCAUGGAAUGGGAGGGAACCAGGUCUUCUCAUAUACUGCUAGCAAAGAAAUUCGAACAGAUGAUUUAUGCUUAGAUGUUUCUAAGCUUAAUGGUCCAGUUAUAAUGCUUAAAUGCCACCAUUUAAGAGGCAAUCAGCUGUGGGAGUACGAUCAAGUGAAACUAACCUUGAUACACGUGAACAGUAACCAGUGCUUAGACAAGGCUGCAGAAGAGGACAGUCAAGUACCCAGUAUUAAAGACUGUAAUGGGAGCCGAUCUCAGCAGUGGCUCCUUCGUAAUGUUACACUCCCUGAAAGCUUCUAAAACUUAACAUGAGCAAAUAAAAAAAGAAUAAAGUGGAGAAUAAAAAUAAAUAAAAACUAUUUUAAAAAAAAAAAAGAAAAAAAGGAUUGACUGCGCUACCUCUGCACACCUGACUUGCACAUCCUUGAGUAUUCAGUGGCGGAAAAUGAUUUUCUCCAGCUGUAAGAUGGGGCAUAUGUCAGCUAAGACUACAUCAGCUGUAAAACAGCCCUCUUUUUAUAAGGAUGUAAAAUGGCAACUUUGUUUAACUGUGCACGAUGAAGUUUACAAGAAGGAAAGAAGUCUCCCUCUUCAAGGAGUUAUUCAGGAGAACAAUUAAAGACAAUGCAAACCAUUUUGUUGAAACCUGGGAGAGCUGCAUAUCAGUUUGUUUGCACAUCAGGACCCUGUAUUGAAAAUAUCAUACUAAGAAAGAGACAUCCAGGGCUAAAUAUGUGGCUCUUAAGAGUCAGCAUCCCUAUUCUAACAUUAAAAAUGUACAGACAGUAAACGCAGAAAACAAUAACAGAUUUGCGCAAAUAGUCUCAAUGUGUGAUAAAAAAAAACAGGGUUAAAAGGAGUUUAAGAUCACAUAUAUCAAAAGUACAAUUUGUUAUAGCAAAAUAUCAGAUUUAUAUGUAGAUUUUUUUACCUCUACUGGGACAAUAUCCAAUUUAAAAAUAAAAAAACCUCACCUUUGUUUCAGUUAUAUGUGAUAGUAAUGGAUAAGAGUAUAUUUUUCAUGACCUUAAUGAAAUUCAUUUUUAAAAGCAAAAAAAAAAAUUAAAAGGCAAAAAAAGGUCUUUUUUAUCUUAUUUUGUUUUUGUUUUUUUGUUUUUUUUUGUUUUUUUGUGGGGGUGCUGGACAUGUUCCAAUUUACUGUACGCUUUGCCUUCCUAAUAGGCAUGAAAAGUAAUACUACAAAAAUUACUGUUGUGUUAUCUGCCUUUAAUACCCAUUUAGAAUUAAAGGUCCAAAAUGCAAAUGUUUCAAAGCAGAUAUACAAAUGCAAUCGGCACAGCUAUUUUAAUACUCAACAUUCAUACUACUGUACUUUUGUUAUGCAGCAAUAAAUCUAGUUUGGUGUAGCCAAAAAUUAUCUCGUCUUUACAAGAAGGAAUCAUAUCAUUUUUUUUAUUUUAUUUUAUUUUUUUUUUAUAAUUUUUACUAUUAAUUUAGGAGGUUUGGAAAAAUCAUCUGUGCUAAAUUUUUGCUGAGAAACCUUUUUCCCUUCAUGUGUUAAUAUGCUUCAGCGUCAAGUGCAUUUAGAUUUGAUUUCCUGGGGCUUAAUGUUGGUUCUACUGUUUAUUUUCUUUUUUUCUAAUAAAACCUAAAGAAAUGAA